CCGACUGGCCCUCACAGGAAGCCCAGCACAGCACUACACUCAUCUGCUGCACACACACACACACACACACACACACACACACACACACUCGUCUGGCUGUCCUUCACCCAAGCAGCCGCAUACAAAGCUAUUGUCACGACGACUACACUUCGGAGAGGGGUCUCUAAAGCCCGUAGCCUGCACAUAGGUGUCCCAUAACUGCUCAGAAUGAAUCUGGAGCCGCCCAAAGCUGAGAUCAAGUCGGCCACCCGUGUCACCGGCGGCCCCGCCACCCCACGCAAGGGACCACCCAAGUUCAAGCAGAGGCAGACCCGUCAGUUCAAGAGCAAGCCUCCGAAGAAGGGAAUCCAGGGCUUUGGUGAUGAUAUCCCUGGGAUGGAGGGUUUAGGCACAGACAUUACUGUCAUUUGCCCCUGGGAGGCCUUCAAUCACCUGGAGCUGAAUGAGCUGGCCAAGUACGGCAUCAUCUGAGGCCACGUGGUACGCUUCAAACCAUCCGCCGCAGGCUCCAUCUUCCAACUUCCAAUGGAACUAAAGAAAAGAAAAAACACUAACUACACUAACUAACUGUAACAAA